AUGUCAGAUACUAUUCUUGCUAAUGUAGCUGCCAAAACUAAAUCACUUGAAGAACAACAGUUAUACGCGUAUACUAAUUUUAUUAAUUAUAUUAUAAACGAAGAACCAUUUGUACAUAAUAUUCUCAAAGACCUUAAAGAUGGUUUAGUUUUAAUCCGUUUAUUAAGAAACCUUAGUGGGUGUGAUAUUCCUAAUUCAGUUGAAAAUCCAUUAAAAGAUAUUGAGAAAAUUCAAAAUUUAAGUGCUGUUAUUCAAUUUGCUAAAGACGAUGGAAUUAAGAUAUUAAGUUCUGCUGAAGAAAUCUUAGCAGGAGAUAGAAAAGGAAUUCUUUCAUUCAUGUACCAAAUCUUAAAUAAAUACAGACUUGGAAAUUGUCCUGUUAAAAUGGUUCACUUUGCAAAAUGGAUUAAGUCAAGUUUAAAAAUCAAUAACUCUGAUUUUGAUUUAAAGAAAGAAUUGUCAGAAGGUGUUUUAUUAGCAAAAUUACUUAAUUAUUUACAAAAAGAUAUUAUUGAUUUAAAAAGUUUAGGUUCAAAUCACUUAGAAAACAUUCAAAAAUGUAUUGAUAUUGGAUACUCUAAAUUAAGAAUUCCUAAAUUAGUUAAGGCUGAGAAUAUUGUUGAAAAUACUGUUGACGAUUAUUGUUUAUAUUUCUAUUUAACAUUCUUCAUUAUGAAAGAAACUCACUUUGAAGAUAAUGAAAUGUUAAAAAAGAUUGCACAAGGACUUAGAGAAAGAAAAAUUCAAGCUCGUAAUCAACUUAAAAAUAGGUUAGAAAGAGUCUUAAAGAAGAUGAUUGAUCAAGCUAAAAAUACAGAAAAAAUGUAUCAAUGCUCUGAUAAUACUGAAACUCCAGAAGAAGCUAAAACUUUGAUUGGAAUGAUCUCUCAACUUGAAACAAUGUAUAUAAAUUUUGAAAAGAUUUCAUUACCAAAAGGAUAUGUGGAAACAAAUUGUGAUCUUACAAAUGAUCCAAUGUUAAAAGAACUUAAAGAAUGGGAAAGUAAAAUUAAUAUAACUCAAGAAAUUAUGAGAAAGUUAAUUAGUCUCAUAAACCAAAAGAAAAGAAUGAAUGUCUUAACUCCAAGAAGAGUUGAACCAUCAAAAGAAGAAGUCAAAAUAAACUCAACUACUGAAACAAAUCAUUUAGAGAAACAGUCUAAUAAUAAAAAACAAGAAGUUGAUGAUUUAAAACAGAAAUUAUCAGUUUCUGACACAAAAAAAGUUAUAUCCAAAAACGAAACUGAUUCUGUUCUUGAAAAAACUCAACAAGAAAUUCAAAAAGAAGUAGAACAAAAUAAAAGAAUUGAAGCACUUCAAAGCUUAUUGAUUACAAAAGAACAAGAAAUUCAAAAAAUUAAACUUGACCUUACUAAUGAAAAGAACUUACAUGAUACUGAAAAGAAAAAAAAGGAAGAAGAAGUUUUAACUUUGAAAAAGAGUCUUGAUGAAAUAAAAAAAUCUCAUGAAAUAGAAAGAGAGUCUAAUGACAAAGAAAUUAAACUUCAAAAAGAAGAAAUACAAUCUCUUAAAAGAGAGGUUUUUGUUCUUGGAGAAUCAAAAGGAGAUGAAGUGAAGAAAAUGAAAGAGUUAAUGGAAGAAAAAAAUGAUGAAAUAACAAGACUUAGAGACCAACAUGAUCUAGAGAUCAAAGCAUUAAAGAAAGAAUCAGAGACAAAAGAAUUGGAAAAGAAAACCAAAGAUGAAGAGAUAUUAAAAUUAAAACAAGAAUUAAGCACUCUUAGAGAAUCAUUAGAAACUGAAAGAAAACAAAGAGAAUUAAUUGAAAAAGAAAAAGAUGAAAAUGCUAUAAUUUUCAAGAGAGUAAUUGAAGAAAAAGAUACUAAACUUACAGAAAAUGAACAAAAUAUCAAUCAGUUAGAAGACCUUAUCUUAAACAUUAAAAAAGAGUGUGCUGAGUUGGCAAUGAAGUUUAAUGACAGAGAGAUGGUUUGUGUUGAAAAUGAAACUGACAAAAGAGUAUUGUUCAAUUCAUUAGCACUAUCAAUUAAAAUGGUACUUCCAACAACAUCAAAGUUUGAUAACACAAUGCUGUAUAAUGAAUGUACAAAUCAAAAAGUUCCAAUAAAGAAUUGGAAUAUUUGGUUGGUUAAUAGAUUAACUAAAAAGUAA